AUGACAACAAGUGACUAUCCGACUCGAACAACAGUUUUACUCGAUACGGUACAUGAGCAUGAUCAUGAACAUGAACAUGAUAUAAAUCAUGAAAUGGAUCAUAAUAGUUAUAUUCGACCAAUGAAUGAAGCCAAUGCUACAGGUAACAUUGAUCAAGUUGAUUUGGAUCGAUCAAUUUCACCAAAAUCAAGUCUAGAUGGAUCUUCAAAACGAAAUCGUAUUCAAGCCGUAUUUUUAUCACGUAGUAAUGCAAAUGAUAAAAAAACACAUACAGUCUUAGCUAAUUCAGUUGGCGUUCUUACUAAUUCGACAAAUAAUACGUCUGGUCCUGGUGGUGGAACAAAUGGAACAAAUGAUGUUUGUGAACAUUCAAAUGUUGUUGCUGCACUUGCUCUACAUGCAAGUGCUGCUAUACCUGUCGCUUCAUUAGCUGUACCAACAAAUAAACCACAAUCUACAAAUACAACAAAUUCAACAUCAUCAUCAGCUAAACAAUUUCUUAUUCGUCGUGUUCGUUCUCGAUCAAAAUCUGAUCCACAAUCUGUACCUGAUAAUAAAUCACUUUUUUCAAGGUUUUUUCCUAAAAAAACUAAAAAACCUUUAGCUACAUUAUUAACAACAACAACCAAAGCUAUCGAUGGUCAUACAAAUGCAUAUAGUUAUAAAAACAGACAAAAUGUGAAUAAUAAUUUAUUAACAACAAAUUAUCCAAAUUCGAAUAAUUAUGAAGACUAUGAUGAUGACGAACUUGAUGAACGUACAAUUUCUACUGGUUCAUUGUCAGAUACUGAUCAACAAAAUCAUAAAGAUGGAAGAAUAACAGGUAUUCGAAGUACAAAUACAACUCGAGGUGGUAGUCGAACGAAUAGUGGAAAUGGAAAAAAUACAAGUGCUGGUCCAAAUGCUCUUUCAUUACCGACAUCAGAUUCACAAUAUUAUGCGUCAAUGUCUUCAGCACCAACGGGUUUUUCUAUUUCAUAUCAUAAACGUAUGACAAAAGGAAAUGAUGAUCUUCGAAUACAAGCAGCAAUCGGACGACUUCAACAACAAACUAAACAAGGAACAACAACUAGUGGAGGACCAAGUCAAUUGUUGUCACUUUUUCAAGAUCCAACACGGAGUGGAGCUCAAAGUCCAAAUCAAAUGAGUGGUACAACUCGUAUUAGUAAAACAUUUUCUGGUCAGACAAUAAUUACUAGAAAUAGUUCGUCAGAUCGACCAUCAACAUAUUGUAUACGUCCAACAUCAAGUUCACCAACAAAUGACACUGAUGACACAUUUAUAAGUGAUGAUGAAAUUUAUACUCAUUUUAUGAAAACUCAUACAUGUUAUGAUAUAAUGCCAAAAAGUUCGAAACUCGUUAUAUUUGAUACACAAUUAGCUGUAAAAAAAGCAUUUUAUGCACUUGUUUAUAAUGGUGUACGUGCUGCUCCACUAUGGGAUACGAAACGACAAAAAUUUACUGGAAUGUUAACAAUAACUGAUUUUAUUCUUAUAUUAGAAAAAUAUUAUAAAGAACCAAAUGCUAAAAUAGAAGAACUUGAAGAACAUAGAAUUGAAACAUGGAGAGAAGUUCUAAAAGAAUAUGAAAAACCAUUAUUAUGUGUUAAACCAACGGAUAGUUUAUUUGAUGCAGUUCGAAUAUUAACUGAAAAUCAUGUACAUCGUUUACCUAUUGUUGAUCCAAUAACAAAUAAUGUUGUAUUUAUUUUAACACAUAAACGUGUAUUACGAUUUUUUUAUUUAUAUAUUUAUGAUUGGCCUCAACCAGCAUAUAUGUCAAAAACAUUGGAAGAACUCAAUGUUGGAACUUAUGAUAAUAUGCAUAUUAUUGAAGAAGAUACAUCAGUAAUUGAAGCACUUAAUGAAUUUGUCAAAUAUCGUGUAUCAGCAUUACCUGUUGUUGAUAGUACACGAAAAUUAGUAAAUAUAUAUUCAAAAUUUGAUGUGAUUGGUCUAGCAGCAGAUAAAACAUACACAAAUUUAAAUAUGACAAUAAAAGAAGCAUUAUCUUUUCGUAAAGAACGUUUAGAAAAUGUUGCUAAAUGUUAUAAAAAUGAAUCAUUAUCUACAUGUAUGGAACGUAUUGUUAAAGCUGAAGUACAUCGUUUAGUUGUUGUUGAUAAUGAUGAACAUGUUAUUGGUGUACUUUCAUUAUCUGAUUUACUUCAUUAUAUUGCUAUACGUCCAACUAAAACAUCACGUGCAGGAACAAUAACAACAACAACAAUGCCUAUGCUUGUACCCACAAUAAAUGUAUCUAAUGAAGAUGGUGUAGUAGAAGAAGAAGCAAUAGAAAAAACUGAUUAA